GAACUGGCAGAUAUAUUAGGAGUUCAUAGAAAUACAUUGCAGCUCUAUAUGAAAUGCCACGGUGUCCAAAGGAAGUACUCUGAACUUAUGAAUGCUGAUCUUGAUGUUCUUAUCGGGGAGUUCAAGAAAAAGUGCCCCGACUCUGGAAUACAAUACAUUAUUGGGUUUCUUUGCAGGCAUGGCAUCCAUGUGCAG